UUUUGUUACUUUUCCCCCCGUUUCCUUCUCCUUCUCCGGGGGACCCGCGUGUUUCCUGGGGCGGAGCAGGGCGAUGGAGGCCGCGGACGUGCCGCCCGAGGGCUACUCGCUGAUCAAGGCCGUGUACCAGCGGCGGCUGCGCCUCACGCGGCUGCUGAUCGACGGCGGGGCCUACGUCAACGAGAGCAACAGCCGCGGCGAGACCCCGCUCAUGGUGGCCUGCAUGACCCGGCACGCCGACCUGCAGAGCGCCAGCAAGGCCAGGAUGGUCAAGUACCUGCUGGACAGCAAGGCCGACCCCAACAUCCAGGACAAGUCCGGGAAGACGGCCCUGAUGCACGCCUGCCUGGAGAAGGCAGGCCCCGAGGUGGUGUCCCUGCUGCUGAUGAGCGGGGCCGACCCCAGCCUGCCAGACCACUCCAACCGCUCUGCGCUGGUGUACGCCAUCAACGCUGCCGACAGAGACACCCUGGAGCUGCUGCUGAAGGCCUGCAAGGCACGGGGGAAAGAAGUGAUCAUCAUCACCACGGACAAGUCCGCGUCGGGGAGGCAGAAAACUAAGCAGUACCUGAACGUGCCUCCCCCAGACCUCGAGGAAUGCGCCUCCCCAGCUGACUGCACCUCCCCGUCAGAAAUAGAACCAAACGAGGGCCCGGAAGACCCUUUCAGCUUUAAAGAGCUGUAUGGUGGGCAACAGGGGGACAACUCCUCUGAAAGAGUGCCUCUAAUGACCAAAUCCAGCUCCACACCAGCACGGUUCAAGCUGACACGGGUGCUGCCGUGUGACCCGUGGCUGAAGUGCUGUCCAGCAGUGUUUCAGCAGAGGAAAAUUGCUUCUCCACAAGAACUUCAGGGUAGCAGUCCCAUGGAAGAGCUCUCCUGUACAGUCAGUGAUCUUGACUUGUGCAAGAGUGUCACCACCAGUCACAAAAGCAGAGACAGGAAGGACACCGCUCAGGUACUGAAAACCUCUGAUCAAACCAUGUCAAGGAAGGCGUUGCGUGAUGCAGUAAACUAUCAGACUCCUUUUGUUGAAGAGAAACACAACCCCAGUGAGAUUCCCAUGGGCAUGGAUGCCAGUCUGGGACAAAUCACCUUACUUUCAGACCUUGACAGUAUUAUCAAGAAAGGAAGUGGAGAAGCAAAUUAUAACAUCUCCAGUUCUCACUUAACUAACAGUCUAGUUCCUGCUGCUGAUACCAAAUGUAGUAAGUCACCAAAAGGAAAUAAAGAGAUUCUUCCUACAUACCAGACUUUGUUGCCAAGUCCGAGAAGAGUUCUGGAGAUGUCUCCUGUUUCCCCAAGAGGCAGAAAUCAGGCUCUAGAGGAAGAGGCCUCAGGAGCCUCAGUGCUGGAUCAGACGAGGCCAGGCUUCCUGCCUCCGCUGAAUGUGAGCCCCCACCCCCCAGUUCCAGAGCUCACUUUCAUAAACACAGUUUCUGGAAUGAUUUCUUACGGACAAACUCACUUAGUACGACCAGGAUCUGCCUUCCCUAAGGGGACCAAAGAGACAAAUCUGCUGCGGAGGAGGCCGUACGAGCAGAUCACAGUGUGAGCAGAUUCAGCGGUUACUGAAUCUUUAACAGGAGAGCAAAGGGGAUCUUUAUGAUAUGUAAAUAUUCACUGCAGUCCUUGACUGUAAUGGCAUGUAUCACAAAAUAGAGCAGGUCUGCGAUGUAAAGUAAUGAUGCCUCAGGAUGAGUGGGAUAGCUCAGAAACUAAAUGAAAAGACAUCUAAUGAGGCUGUCUUCUGCAAACUAAGGAGUGUUUACUUUGCUAGUUUUGUAAAGUUUCCAACUUGCCUGUGGCAGACAGCCCACAACAGUCCUCAGGCAUUGUAGGUUGUAAAUACCACCCCUCCAAGCUUUCCCCAAACACGCACCCUUCCAGUGCCCAGGGAGGUGGUGCCCGUGGAAUUUGGGACCCCGAAGCGUUUGACUGCGACGCUGGACGCCAGACUGUGCGUGUGUCCAGGCUGUAUAUACACAGAAACCCCAGGGACAUCAGCGUGCACGGGGUGGGUGGCAGCAGGCGCACAGCGGCAGUGUCUCCUGGCCUCAGCAGCCCCGCUGCGAGCGAGCAGACACCCGUGUCACAGCUGGUGGCACUGGUGUCACAGCUGGUGGCAUUGGUGUCGCAGCUGGUGGCACUGGUGUCACAGCUGGUGGCACUGGUGUCACAGCUGGUGACAUUGGUGUCGCAGCUGGUGGCAUUGGUGUCACAGCUGGUGGCACUGGUGUUGCAGCUGGUGGCACUGGUGUCACAGCUUGGUGGCACUGGUGUCACAGCUGGUGGCACUGGUGUCACAGCUGGUGGCAUUGGUGUCACAGCUCGUGACAUUGGUGUCACAGCUGGUGGCAUUGGUGUCACAGCUGGUGGCACUGGUGUCACAGCUGGUGGCACUGCUGUCGCAGCUGGUGGCACUGGUGUCACAGCUUGGUGGCACUGGUGUCACAGCUGGUGGCACUGCUGUCACAGCUCGUGACAUUGGUGUCACAGCUGGUGGCACUGCUGUCGCAGGGCCGUGCUGCCCGCGGAACCCCGGCUGCGGGCCGGCAGCGUGGCCCGCACGCCCGGCUGGCCCCGGAGCCCUGCUGGGGCCAGGGCAGCGCUGCCGGGAGCCAGCAGGGCGAGUGACCCGCCCGGGGCGUGCCGCUGGCCAGCCCCGCUCAGGCUGUCCCCGGGCGCCGCGGGCUGCUCCAGCGGCCGCCUCCCGAAUCCGCUGCCCGCGGGAAGGAGAUUUUCCUGGAUCAGGCCCUGUGUACAACAGGUACAAAAAAGGGAUUAUGUGGACAUACUUUUAUGAUACAGAAGUUAUGUGGAACAACAUAUGUCAGUAUUAACUGAGUACAAAUUAAGUCCCUACACAGAAUACACUUUCCAAAUGUUUUUACUAUAAUACAAAAGGAAAUGGCAAGUUCUCAUCUGUUCAUCUCAUAGUGAAGUUAAAGAUUUUAAGGGGAAAUUAGAUCUUCAAAAAAUAAAAAUACUUAGAAGAAAUUGACUAUCACCAGGUGUUCUAACUGGUGUCUUUGCUGAGGGUAUAAAGCCCAAUUUAUGCUGUGUUGAUUUUAAAAUUAAUUAUGUAUAUGGGACUAUGGCUCCCUUAAAUGAAACCAUAAUUUUUCUACUAAAUGCUCAGGCAAUGGAGGGCAGUGGGAAGUGUCUGGAAAGGAAAGUUUUUGGUAGUGUUACCAGUAUUUUGUGAUUAAUUGUGAUGCAAAGUAGUGCAAAGUGUUAAUAUUAUUGUUUGUGUUACUGUUACAAGUGACCUUCAAAGGAAAAAAGCUUUGUUCUGUUGCUGUUGUUAUGCUGAAUAAAUAAAAGUUUUUUUUUCCCCUCUCAGAGGGAACAUGGAAAUAAGCACAUGCUUUUAUUCACUACUCGGGAAAUGAUGAGUCAUUGCAAAAGGUACUCACUCAGAAGUGCUUCUCAGGCUGCCUCUGUACAAGAAAAUGGGAACAGUUACUUCGGUUUAAUCCAACACAGCUAAAUUUGCCCAGAGCACGGUGCGAGAGAGGCUCUCUCCACCUGCCGGACGCUUCCCGCGGCUCCACUGGUGGAGCAGAGAUGCACUUGUGUUAUCUUUGAAGCCUUAAUCCAUGACAUUUCACAGCCGCCCCGAUGUUCUUCCCAGCAGAGCACGGUCAGCCCGACCCGAGAGCCUGAUGUUAAAUCCUGCGUUAAAAACAAGCCCUUUCGGUGGCCUUGGUGGCUCCCAGCAGCUGUGGCCCCGCCGCUGACAGUGGCCCCCGAGAACGCCGUGAAACCAUACAAUGAAAGUAACUUCAAAGCAAAUAGUGGCGGCCUCACAGGAAGCAGCGAUUAUGUGAGAACUCCCCAUUAUUUCGGUUUAAGAGAUUUAAGGACAGCAAGUCGCUACACAGAAGUGUGGUAAACUAGCAGUUUUCAAGGUCGUGUUUAAGGUGGAAUGUUCUAAAUGCAGGCUUCAAAAUACCUUUCCCUGCACAUUUAAUUUGGUUUUGCUUUUAAGGAGUAAUUGCUUUGUUUUGAUCUUUGUCUUUUACAAUUACACAGCACUUCCAAAAGAAUAUUGCCAUAAUUUGA